CUAUACCUUUUUUUUUUCUAUAAGUAUAGAGUCUGUCAUAUUUUACAAAAAAACAACCCUUUUCUAUAUCUUACUUCCAUUACAAAAUGCCUCAAAAGUUGAAGGUCGCCGUGGCGCAGGCCCGCACCUGCCCCUCCCUCUCCGCUACACUCUCUUCGUUGGAGCGCGUUACUCGGAAUGCAGCUGCUCAAGGGGUGAGCCUCCUGCUUUUCCCCGAGGCAUACCUAGGAGGCUAUCCUCGUACUUGUGAUUUCGGAACCGCGGUUGGUGCUCGUGCUCCUCAUGGACGAGAGCAAUUCCUGCGGUAUUUCCAAGACGCAGUAGAUCUUGGGGAUACUCCCACAGGUGCUGGAGAUGACUGGGUGGAACGGAAACUGCCCGUUGCUAAAGGAUCUGAUCGUCGCGGUGAUGGCACAAGAGAGUUUCUUGAACGAGUUUCCCGCGAGACGGGUGUUUUCAUCGCAACGGGUGUGAUUGAAAAGGCAGGUGGCACUCUGUACUGUUCUGCGCUUUACGUUGAUCCGAACUCGGGUGUCUUGGGAAAGCGACGAAAGGUGAUGCCGACUGCCUCUGAGCGUCUUAUCUGGGGCCAGGGCUCGCCUUCUUCUCUCAAAGCUGUCACAACGGUACUGAAUGGAGUGAAGCUUACAAUCGCCGCCGCUAUUUGCUGGGAAAACUUCAUGCCUCUGCUCCGACAGAGUCUGUACUCCCAGAAUGUCAACAUCUAUCUUGCCCCAACAGCUGAUAGUCGAGACACUUGGCUCCCCCUCAUGCGCACAAUUGGUGGUGAAGGCCGAACUUUCGUCCUCUCCGCUAACCAGUGUGUCCGGUACCGUGAGUUGCCGCCAUGGAUUACCGAUCACGCUGAGAAAGAGGGAACAGCACUUGAAGGAGACCAGUACAUUUCCCGUGGAGGAUCUAGCAUUGUUGGCCCUCUCGGAGAAGUCCUUGCCGGUCCCAUCUGGGAAACCUGUGUUGAUGAUGUACUUGAGUCCUCCAAAUCGGGUGAAUUCUCAGGCGAAGAUGGCUUAUUGAUCCAGGAGAUCGACGUGGAGGAUUGCGAGCGAGGCAAACUUGACAUGGACGUUGCUGGAAGCUAUUCAAGGAGCGAGUUCAAGUUGACAGUAGAAGGACUGGACCUCAACCCUCCUCCUUUUUAAUUUUAUUCAGAAGCUUUGAUCUUGAACAAUAUAUAUAUCCCUUUCAUUAGGACGGCUCAGUAAUUCCAUUC